AUGACACCAUCUCUAGAUGUCGCAUCGACCCGAUCCGAAUGCUCUCACAGCCUGCCGAGUGAGGUACCGGUACUCAUUGUUGGCGGAGGGCCAACUGGCUUGUUGCAAUCCCUGCUCUUGUCUCGCCUCGGAGUGCAAUCAUUGAUCAUCGAACGCUAUGUGGAGCGGCUGGCGGCUCCCAAAGCUCACGCGAUCAAUCCGCGCUCCCUAGAGAUCCUGCGCCAAUAUGGCUUGGGGGAGAAGCGCGUGCGCCAAAUAGGUACAUCGCGAGAGGACAGUCAGUGGGUUAAUUUCCUCACUAACCUCAGUGGCAACGUGGUUGGGAGGUUGCCCUAUGAGCGUAUGGACCCUGCCGUCUUGGAGGACACGCCAGAGAUGAUUCACAACAUACCUCAGCCAGCCUUGGAACAGGAGUUGACACGGUUCAUUGAGCAAGAUUCCAACAUCACGCUGCUAAAAGGGUUCAGCAUUGAAGGAGUAGAACAGACCGACCAAGAAGUCAUUGCAACUAUCACGGAACGAUCCACGGGAACUCAGCACAACAUAAGAUCCCGGCACCUCAUCGCGUGUGAUGGUCGCAGAAGCAAGGUCCGCGAGCUGCUCGGCAUUCCAUCGGAAAGCGAAGACUCAGACCAAACCAUGAUGACUAUCCAUUUUAACGCAGACCUUCGGCUGGUGGUUGGCGAUCGUGUUGGUAUGCUUUUCUGGAUCAUGGAUCCAAUAGCAGCUGGGUUCAUCAUCGGCUAUGACCUGGAUGGAAACCAAGUUCAUAUCAGCGAGGUCGACGUAGAGCAAUAUCCGGUCGAGUCGUGGACUGAAGAGCUGUGCAAAGCCAAGAUCCGUGGAGCCAUCGGCAAAGACGAUGUUCCUUUUGACAUCUUGAGUUUCCGGCCUUGGGUCUUUAGGCGCCAGGUUGCGGUCACAUUUCAACAGACGAAUAUUUUCCUGGCUGGGGAUGCCGCUCAUUCAUUCCCACCAACUGGUGGCUUGGGACUGAACUGUGGAAUUGCGGAUGUGCACAAUCUGGCUUACAAGAUUGCUCUUGUUCAUCAAGGAGUAGCUAACCCGACGAUACUCUCGAGUUAUACCACUGAGCGACGAAGUGUCGCAGAUGCUUAUUCAAAGCAGAGCGUCAAAAACGGCAAAGAAAUCUUCCGGUUGCUGCAAAGCCUCCAAACUGCUGGCGUGGAGGAUAUGACUCAAGCUCGCAGAAAUAUGAUGGCAGCAUUGACUGAUCCAGUGCAACGUGCAAAGGUGGACGAAGAAAUUGAAGGACAGCGAGAACAUUUUGACAAUCUAGAAUUGCAAAUUGGCUAUGUCUAUGGAGCCAGAAAGCCUCCUGCUCAUGCUUCAUUCUAUUCGCCCAAGUUCGUUCCCGGGGCAAGGUUGCCUCAUGCUUGGAUCAAAUUCCCAGAAAGACAGGCAAACAUCGGAAUCCUUCCUCGGGGGCCAAUUGAUGUCUCCUAUGUCAGGGAACUAGAUCAGGACCAAAUCCAGGCGUGCCAAUGGAGCACUUUGGAUCUAUGUGCACCGGAUUCGUGGACUUUGAUUCUGGGACAAAAGGGACAAAGCUCGCAAAUUCCCCGAUUCCAGGCGCACUGCGAUACCAUCAAGCUGAAAUUGAAUAUCUGGCGCGCUGGUCUGGAUUUUGAUAUCAUCAAGCAGAGUCGAUUUGCGGAUGAGCUAAAUUUCCAGGGCAUACUUGUUCGCCCGGAUCAGCAUAUCUUCAUGAGAGUCGAUAGCUCCACGGGAGAGGAUCUUAUCACAGGACUAAACAGGCAUCUUGGGCGCUGA